AGCUUCAGAGCUUAAACGUGAUCUUGUCUUUAACUGGAAGUGCUCAGGUGCUUAAAGUCAGUAUAUACUAAUUUGCUAUUUAAGGAUAUAGGUCUGAUUGUUUAUUGUUCUUUCUGUCUCAUUUCCCUCUUGCUGCUGAAUACCAGUUGUUGGUGGAAGAAGGGAGAUCUUUAAUCCUCAAUAGAGUUUUGGAGAAAUUGACAGUUCUACAGUUCUCUGUUCUCUAUUUCUUUGCACCAGAAAUGACCCUGCUGCUCUUUGUCACCAGUGUUUCCUUUUAUCACUCUCCUGGCAGCUGCUUUUGCUCCAUUUUGAUGUCGGAACAACAAAUGAACUCCCUCUGAAGCUAAUGUCAUGCCAGCAGAUUUUGAAGCAGCAAGAAAAUCAUUUUUGUCUCUGAAGACAGAAUUGGAGACCUUUGUGAAUGAGCUGUGUUCUUAAAAUAACUCUGCAGCAUGUUAUCCCCAGAAAGUGAAGAAGUUAAAACAUCGUGACAUACCACUUGUAUUUGUGUGAGCAGGAUCUCUAAGUAGUGGAGUGAGGAGAGAAGCAGGUUUCUUCCUUCUCCAAAUUGAGUGUAGUAUCUGAGCUCUUUGUUUCUGCAGUAUCUCUUUCUGAGGGGGAGUAGAGGAGGAAGAGGCUAAGACUCCAGUAAUUAAAAUAAAUUGAAUUAUUGAGGUUGUAGGUUUGAUCAGUGAAGAGACUAACACUGCUGUGGUGGUGUUUUUAGGAAUACUGUCCUUCAGAGGCCUGGCUUCUGUCUGUCACCGAUUCCAGUGACAAUGAAUUGAAUGACCCAGUUGAAUUGAUCCAAAUUGAUGACAUGCCUCUUGCUAAGCAUUUUGUUCACAGCGUCAUGGCUAACAGGUCUCACUUUCUGCUGGACUUCGGCAGAGCUGAUCUGUGAGGAUAAUCGAGGCUCUUUUGCUCUGAAUGCUCUGAAAAGCUUGGUAAUGGCUCCACUACCCAAUGCUGGGUCAGUUCGGAACGCUCUGCAGUUGUACCGUUAUUUGCUCCGAUGCUGUAAGCAGCUUCCUGAAGAGAAUAUUCGUCAGCAUUACAGACAUGCCAUCAGGCAGAGUUUCAAAGUUCAUGCUGAUGAAGAUGAUCCUGAUAGAAUACAGCAAAUUAUUAAGAGAGCCAUUGAGGAUGCUGACUGGAUCAUGAACAAAUAUAAAAAGCAGAAGUAGAAGAAGGAUGAAGACAAGAAUGUCAUUGGUAAACAUCCUUAGAUGACAUCAGUCGAUUGCAUGUUCCCUGUGACCCUAAUUUCUACACUCUCCAGAAAAGACUCCAUUCAGCUGAGUUCUGUGCGCUCAAUGGCAUGAUCACUGAAACGUGCAACCUUACACAGGUAUAAAGGCUUUCACAUCUUUUUGAAUUGUGCAAUAAACAUCCUUUAAAAA